AAGAAAUAGUGCCAGAAUUAACAUUAAGCUUGCUGCUUGAGACUUAAGAUAAAUUGUAAACUUCCCUGUUAUGAUAUUGACUUUAUUUAUAUAUCCUCUUCAGCAAUAAAGGUUAAAAACUACUGCAGAGAGAUAAAAGAGAUAAUUGGAGCUAGAAAAUACAAAUAUAAACAGGCACUGUAAUAUGCAUCAUUCCCUGUGUUGCAGUUUGCCAUCAAUUUCUUCUUGGAUGAAGUGGACAACGUAAAGGUGUUGUUGCACAUGCAUUCCUUCACCUACGACUUUCACCUGCGAGCCGUGUGUGCAUACGUUGCAGACCGCCAGCUCCUGUUCACACCAGGAUAUCAUUUGUCUUCAUUUCUCUCCGAUUUCAUUAAGUAUUACAACAAAGGACCAAACUUCGCAAGAAACCUCAUAUAUUCAGGUGAAUUGACUGUUGAGGACACUGGCUCUCCAGGUGAACAGUUGUAUAAUUAUCUCUUGGCUCGUGAGAAGCAGUACAAGAUGAGAGUCCUGCGAAUGACACCAGUUAUCCUAGAUCCAACAGCAGACAUGCAAUAUACAGAAUUUGUCUUAGUCCACACAAAGACAUGCCGCGUUCACUACAGUGAUGCCAAUGACCAGAGAGUUUCUGAUGACUAUGAUGUUACUCUGCUGGUCUCCCACAAUGCAACACUGGAUGCCCACCCCUCAGACCAGCAGCUGAAUGUUCUGCAUCUCAACUUCUACGUCAUCUUAACCAGUAGACGAGAGAUGUAUCCAAAUCGAUCCUUGAAAAGAAAAGGGGCAAAUUCGCCACAGGUCAACAGCACCGUCCUUGGACAUUGGAAAACUGCAACCUCUUCCAACCAGAGAGCAGUAAUGAGAGUGGGUCUUUGCAACUCCCCUCCCAGUGUCCAGCCAGGUCUUCGCAGAGACGGGGGGCAUCUCCAAGCUCCCCAGGGCUGCAGCCUCCCCCACCUCCCCUGUCCUCCUCCACCCACACCUCCACCACCUCAAGCGAUCCCCACCCCCUGUCAAGUCUUACAUUGGGAUCAGGUGAGAUUUUCCAUGUUUGUUGGUGCACAUGAUGGAAUUGCAAAGUUAAAAAAACUGAACUCAAAAGGGGCCCAUGGCAUGUACAUAAUCCCAUUCCAGGUGGGGGAGUGUGAAUUCCCUUUGGCAAACUACACAGUUUUGAAAGACAAUGCAAAAAACACUCCUGAACAAGCUGAAAAAAGCGGGGAAACUCGUAUUCACCCUAUUUUUAAAAUCAAGCAAAGUUUACAUUGCGGGUAG